AUGGUCAAUGGCACUUCGACCGUCUUGGAGCCGACCUUCCAAGGCUAUGUCGCGACAACUCACGAUGCACUGAUUCUCUUCGAGGCGUGUUUGACCGGAGUGCUGCACCAUGUGCCUCGUCGCCCUCACGAUCGGGAACGAAGCCAUCUGGUUCGCAGCGGGGCCGUAUUCAUCUACGAGGAGAACUCGUCUGGGAUCAAGCGAUGGACCGAUGGUGUGACGUGGAGCCCCAGUCGCAUCCUGGGCAAUUUUCUGGUCUACCGCGAACUGGAGAAACCGUUCCCUCCGGGUGAAAAGAAGCGGGCGAUGAAGAAGACAACCCGGCGCCCGGUCCCGACUGGUAGACCCGGAGAACCGUACGCACGACAGGAUAGCAACGGCGGCAGCUACUCUCCGUCACCGACCGCAAGUAGCUAUGGAGCAGAGAGGACGCAUCAGUCGGAAAUCGAAAGAGCGUUGGUCGGCUCGUUGGUGGAUUCCUACGGCUUCAAGGAACUGGGCCUGGUCAAGAAGACGAUGAGCGUGACUGUUUCCGGCGUGACGCAUCACCUCGUUUCUUACUACAGCGUGGACGACGUGGUGCGAGGAGCGUUGGCGCCGCCAUCAGCAACCGAUUCGCUCAGAUACGUCCGACCCCGUCUAGAACUGACGCAGAAGCAAAGCUUCCGAGCACCAAUCGAUGAACUGGAACAUGUUGGAUUGGAGGUUACAAAUGACCCAUCCCAUCCGUGGUAUCCUUAUCGCUCGCAGACUGCGAUGAUGCCGGCCGCAUCCUACCCAGUGCAGGCUUCCAACCAGGAUUUCUAUAUGCAGCCGCAUCAGUACGCACCGGUUACGCAUCCUUCGCAGCCCAGUCCCGUUGCUCAUUUUGCGCUCGGCGGCCCAAGUCCUACCCAGCAGGCUUACCUUCCCACACCGACAGCGCCUACGCAUAUGUCGCAGCCUCAGAAACAGGAGGAUUACAUCCAGUACCGCGCCCAGGGCUCGUACAGUGCCGGAUUUGAUCCGCUCGGUCACGCUGGGCUUCCUUCCUCAAUGCAAGGCAUUCCAUCUCUUGGGAACUCUUUGAACGAAAGGGCGCGGUCUCAGUCAGAUCAGAGCCAGACUGCCUACCGAAAUUCUUCGAUUUCCUCCAGAAGCGGCGCAACCGACGGGACGUCUCCGAUGGACCCGUCAACUCCAGCGUAUUCGCGAGCAAGUAGCUUCAGUCUGGCAAGCCAACUGGAUAGCGCAAAUCAUUCACCUCUGGAACAUCGUGGAAUGAGCUUCGACGCCAGUAUACCCCGUCGGGAUUCGCACCAUAUUCCGGCGCAAUUCUAUUCUGCAGGCGAGCGACCUCAGUACUAUCUCAGUGCGCCAGUGCCUGCAGCAACGCACGCCAACUACCCUGUCACGACAUGGGCGGCUGCUGCCCCCCCACCGAUGUAA